AAUGAUGAAAACCGGGAUGAGUUGAGAAGCCCAUAUCGUAAGAUGCUGGUUGCCACAAUCGAUGAACUAUUGCAGAAGGAGAAAGGAGCGCAUGAAGAAAUGAUCAAAAAGCUCCUCAGCAAACCAUUCAAGAUGCCUGUUCCCGGUUACUCAAGUUGUGGCUCUCGCCCACUUGGUCUUCGUCAUUCAACGAUCCGCUGUGCACUGUUCGAUCCGUAUGCGGAAGGAGCACUGGUACUAUUCACACCACCUGAAAUUAGCGCACAUGAUGCACUCAAAAUUGAUGCUAGCAAAAAACAGGUAGUAUAA